UAGUGCCUUGGUCUCGAAUAUAGGUAAUUAAAAAAAAAGCUGAAAACUUGAAUGAAUCGGCUGUUGACCUUUUCACUGUCAAAUGCGGAAAUUGGUUAAAUACUACAAUCGUUUUUUACAAAACAGUGUUAGUUUAAACAUCCCACCUUAUCGUGCUGUGAAUAAAUGUGAUAAACAACCAAAAACAAAAGUGCCGUGACUCAAACAUUAGUGUAAAACAUUGCAAUUUUAAAACGACGCUUGUAGGGCGUUACUCAUUUUUUACCGUAAAAAUUGCAAGAAAUGGAACCAAAACAGGAAUAUCACGAUCCUGAUUACCCUGAAGCUCCUGUCUGCGUGAAGGAGGAGCCUCCAAGCCUGACGGAAGAUGAGAAAGUUGAUAGAAUCAAAGAUAUUAUCAGGCGGGAAUUUUUGAAUGAGCUUGAAAUCCGUGAAAAUGAAGUAAUGCUUAUUGAUCAAAGGAUGUCGACAUCUCGCCGCCUUCUCCACCGUCUCCGGUACGCCCUGGUGAACAGUUACUACAAGGACCAGAAGCUGAUGCUGACGAAUGGACAGAUACAGGACGAGAUCGCUGCACAGCAUGAACCCAGGGCGAGAGCUGAAGUAUCAACGCUACUUCGAGAUGGCCAGCGUCGCCUGCACCCAUCAGUCCGGAAACUGCUCGGCAAGCAAACAGUAGAUCUCGAAGAGAUCUUCAAGACACGAGCGCCCAGGAACAAAUCCAGGAAGGAUUACUCUGCGAUGCUCCAAAAACGUAAUUACACGAUAUCAGCGGACACGACAAAGACUCUGCGACCGGACAAGAAACCUGAUGAGGUGGAGGUGCCAGCCGAGGAGCCCUGCACCAGCAGACCUAAGAAGGUGCCUCGACACCUGGAACCGAAGAUCAUGAACGUGGUCACCCUGGACGAAGUUACCAGGAACAAAAUGAAGUAUAGAUACAGGAUUGUUAUUGGUAACACGUCGAAGUACGCGCCGGCGGCGUCCCUGGCGGACCGGUCGACCCACAAAUGGUUGCUGUACAUCCGCGGGCCGGCCUCCGCCCCCGACCUGUCCCGCCUGCUCACCGCCGUCACCGUCAGGCUGCAUCACUCAUACGCACCCCAUCACACUGUUCACAUCGACAAACCCCCGUACCACGUGUCUCGUCGUGGAUGGGGGGAGUUUCCAGCGAAAAUAGAAUUACACUUUGCCCUACCGGAGCGAAACAGACCGGCUACAGUGGAACAUACUAUCAAAUUGGACAGAAAUUAUACUGGCAUGCAAAUGUUGGGCGCUGAAACUUUAAUCGACGUAUGGCUCUACAGUACACCAGAAAUGUUAGAAUUCGAAUACAAAGAAGAUUCAGUAACAGACACCCCAGACACAGUCAUAGAACCAGCAAUAGCGACGGCGGAACAAAGCACAACAGAAAACAACACACACACAGACAACUGGAUGGAAUUCUUCUCAAAAGGACCCACAGAAGUAGAUGUAGACGAAAUGAUAAUAAAACCAGAGAAAAUCAAAACAGAAGAGACUAAAAUAAAAGAAGAAAUUGACAUCAAAGAAGAAUGCAAUGAUUCACAAGAAGAAAUGGACAACAAAUGGGACAGUGAUUAUAAAGUUGUUGAUAAUGAUAUACCGAAUGAGAUUCUCAAUCAACCAGCUUUACCAAAAAAACGUAUAGUCAAAUAUAUUGAUCCGAAUACUGGGAAAAUAUAUUACCUAGAAAUGGACAGGGCUUUGGACCUAAGCAAAGUUCAAGAGAUAGUUAUAAACAAUAGAACAGCCAAAAUAAGUCCGAUAAAGUCAAAUGGCUUGAAAUCAUUCCGAAAGAAAAAAGGCGUUUCACUAUUAAAACCCGAGGUAAAGAAUAUGUUGAAAAACACUGAAAACUUAAAAGUACAACCCAAUUUUGCCCAUAUAGAAAAUGAUCAUUGUUACCUGGCAACACCUAGGAAAUCCGACAGUGUUGCUAGUGCUGAAAUUAAGAAGGAUAAAUGUUUAUUCGAACAACUGUGCGCCAAUGUUGCCAGGUUGAAUAGUGUCAGGUGUGGCGUUAAUUAUUUAAUUAAGAAGAUUCCGUUGAUUACCGAUUUGGCUUUGGACUCUGAUUUUGUAAAAUAUUUCCCCUUUGUUGUGGAGUCUGAAGAGAGAUAUUGGAAAUUAGAUUUUGCCAAGCGACGGAAUAUUGAGUGGUCCAGAGCGAAGUUAAUAAAUCGAAUUCUAUCAGAGCAUAUAGCGACGACGGAACCAAUUUGGCGUACGAAACAGAUUCUAGCAUACACCCGGCUACACGGACACUUCCCAAUUAGGUCGGAGACAAUACAAAUACAGUCGGAAGCCGACGAAUGGUCUUCGUGGAACGACAUAGAAACACGAAGAAUGGAAUCAAGCAUUAAGGAGCUCUACCCAAAUCCUUCCCAUAUAAACACAAUGUCACUUUUCGAUAUAUCAAAUUUUUCAACUAGAAAUCGUAAUUCUAAUUCGGUGACGCUCCUCUCUGAUGAUGAGGAGGUCGAUGUGGUCUCCUCUGGUGGAGGGAGGAGGGCGAGUCUCGUUUUGCCGGAAUCGGGAGGUCUGACGGUCCUCCCGGUGGACAAUGAGGACGAUAGACUCAGGUUUUUGUUUGUUGAACGGAAAUGUGCUGAUAUUGGUAUCGAGUUGAGGAAUGAAGAUGUUGGCAAUGGAUAUUCUUAUAGUGCGGUGCAUGCAGUGCUUUUGUCUGCAAUGCGAAGUUUCGCAGAGGAGUUGGUGCGCGGGGGACUGGCCGUCAAACUCACAGAGGACAGCGAACACGCCACCCCUACUGUUUGGGCUGGGUCGGCAUCGAGCCUGGCGUGCGUGUACGGGCGGCACGUGUACACGGGCGCGAUGCACAACGUGCGCACGCGCAUGCUGACGGCGGCCGAGCUCGCCGCCAAGCGACACCAACUCGCCACGCUAUAAUAUAAAC